GAAGUUUUAUUUAUUAUGAAACAGCUGCUGUCUGCAAUGCGUUGUCGUUAAGAAGAAAUUCAAAAUUUAUAUAUAUCAUUCCAUAUUUCUAAGGCAGCAACCUUCAAGAGUAUAAGAUGUUUACACAUUCAGUUUUGUGUUCUGGUUUAGUCUUUUUUUCUAGUCUUAUGUUAUUCCGAAAUCUAAUCCUAUCUAAUGUUCUUGUGACAGCUGCUAUACCUAAGCUUUUUAUGGAACUACAAACAAUACUACCGGUCAAUAUGACACGACUAUUUCCUAUUUGCUUGCUGUUUUUGAUAGAAGUAAUAGCUUUAAUGGAAGCAGAUGAAGACGAUUGCGAUGGAUGUUUCUUAGAAGGCAAAUGCCACAAAUAUGAUGAAGAUUGGCUUGAAAAGAUGGAUAUUAUAUGUGCUUUGAAAACAUGCCAUCGUAUGAGUCGCGUUGAAUGGAAAAUAUAUGCAAAAUCUGUGUAUUGUCGGAAGCCUGACGGGAAUUGUGUUGGGAAAGGAAAAAAGUGGACAUCUCUAGAUGAAGGUGAAUGCUGGACUCACGAAUGCAGAAUUUUCGGAAUGAAACGCAUUCGAAUAUUAUCAAUAUCGGGGGGAAACUGUAAUGAAACAACGACGACCAUACCAACCAAAAACCGAAAGCAAAAGAAAACUAGAUUACCAAUCACUGAAGAAACAGAAGACAAUGGUUCUACCGGACCAAUAUUUUAUCGUUCUAUGAAACGGUAAUCACUGAAACACGUGUAAGAAAUAACGCAAUAAACCAAUUUAAGAACCAA